AUGACGGAGGUAACGAAGGAAGCGUUAAACGAAGCGAAAAAGAAGCGGAGAUGUGCAAAAUCGAGUGUUACAAGGGCAGGAAAUGGCUUGGAUUAUUUAUUGAAAAAUGAGAGACCUAUACCGGAAGUUGAGGAGUCACUCGCUAAUUUGGAAGAUUUAUACAAGAAAUUGGUUGAAAAACACGACGAAUAUAUUCAGUUGGUGGAUGGCGAUGAAGAAUUUGCAACUGAGGAAGAAUGGAUUGAAGAUUGUCAACAGAGGUUUAUGCAGAUAAGGAUCAGAACAAAGGAUUAUUUAAAGGUCAAGUCACAAGGUCAGUUUGAAAAUGAAACAAACCCAGAAACAGGUUUAGUGCCCAAUCAAACCGAGACAACUGUUAGUGACAAUGGGCAGCAAGAGCAUGACGGUAUCCCUGGGUCUGGUCAAGGCCCAUCCCACCAAGGUCAACCCCCAACCCACGAAGGUCAACCCCCAUCCCACCAAGGUCAACCCCCAACCCACCAAGGUCAACCCCUAUCCCACCAAGGUCAACCCCCAUCUCACCAAGGUCAAACCCCAUUCCACCAAGGUCAACCCCCAACCCACCAAGGUCAAGAAGACAAUAGUCCAAGUUCAAGUGAGGGUGCCCAAAGUAUUUCAAAUAUUCAACCUGUUUGUGGUUUCAAAAUGGAGAAGCCAAAAAUGCCUCGAUUUAGUGGUGAUGUCAGAGAGUACAGUAUUUUUCGAGAUGAUUUUAAGCAUGCUAUUGAAUCUAGAUACAGUAAAAGGGAUGCAAUGACGUACCUUCGUGCAUGCUUGCAGGGAAAACCCCUAGAGCUUAUCAAAGGAAUUGGUACAGAUUAUGAUGGUGCAUGGCAAUAUUUAGACUCAAUCUAUGGAGACCCCAGAUAUGUGUCGGACCAAGUAACCCAAGAUCUGUCAAAGUUCCGACCCCUGAAAGAAGGAGAAGAUUCACGCUUUUGUGAUCUGGUGCAUUUAGUAAAGCGUAGUUUCAAUACGAUGAAGGGAGUGGGGAAACCCCAUGAUAUGGAUAACAAUCACAUGUUGUCACUAAUAGAACAGAAAAUGUGUGUGGAAGAUAGAAAGAUUUGGGCUCGUGAGUUGGAAAGGAAUGAAAAGCCAGCAAGCUUACAAGGUCUCAUUGCUUGGAUGGAGACGGAAAUGAAGUCGAGGAUGCGUGCAACUGCUCCACUGAGAAAUCAGAGUCAGGGUUCGAGAUAUGUCAAUCAGCUAUCUGGAGGAAAACCACCAAAGUGUUGGAUCUGCGACAAUUCAACGCACUGGGUAGACCAAUGUGAAAAAUUUAAGUCCAUGAGUCCAGAGGACCGUUUGAAAACAGUAAGAGAAAACCACGCUUGUUUCAGUUGUCUUAAGAAGGCCGGACGUGAUCACAGAGCAUCGAACUGUAGCAGAAGGAAGCAGUGUACACAGAAAAUAAGUGGCGUUCAAUGUAAAUAUUAUCAUCAUAUUCUUUUGCAUCCUUCAAAUCCUGCAGCGUCAGUGGGCGUAGCAUCGGUAGAAGACAACACGGAAGCAAUGCUGCCAGUUAUAACAGUGAAGAUAUCUGGAAAGAACAAUCGACACAAACAAGGGAACAUUCUACUCGACUCUGGAGCACAAAUAAGUCUGAUUUGCACAAGUACAGCAAAAAAUUUGGAUUUAAAGGGAAAGGAUGUUUCGAUAACUAUUAGAAAAGUGGGCGGUGAAGAAGAAGUGUUGGCGACAAAAGUAUAUCAAGUUCCCAUUACGUCAUUGGAGUCUGGUGCGAAGUUCACAGUCAAAGCUGUUGGAAUUCCACAUAUUAGCGAUGACAUUUCAAAUAUCAAUAUUGGUGAAAUGGUAAAAGGAAUUGGAAUCCCUGAAGUGAAAAUUUACCGAGAAUGUGGCCCAAUCGAUAUGCUUAUUGGGAUUGAUCACGCUUAUAUGCAUACUGGAGACACAAAGAAAGUUGGUAACGUUGUUGCGAGACAUUCACCUCUUGGUUGGAUUAUUUUUGGAUCGAUACCAGGCUUGCAGCAAACCAGUAGAAUAUUUCAUGUCCAGUAUACAAGACCUGUAGAUCUUACUGACUUUUGGACGAGCGAAGCAAUGGGAGUUAGUCAAUCAAAUAUUGAAAUGCCAAAGUUCAGCAAGAUCGAGCAAGAAGAAACCAAACUAAUCGAGCAAGGAUGCAAGCUAAUUGGAAAUAGAUGGGAAAUGGCGUACCCUUGGGAAACUGACCCCAAAACCCUUCCCGACAACCGAGAACAAGCUGUGAAGAAGAUGGAAGCAACUGAAAAACGAUUGAAAGGGAAUCUACAGCAUGCAAAAGCAUAUCAAGAACCAAUGGAGCAGAUGGAAGAUCUCGGGUUUUCACGAAAGCUAACAGAAAAGGAAAUAAAUGAUUACAAUGGUCCCGUUCACUAUAUAGCUCACCAUGAAGUUGUUCGACCUGAUAAGAAGAGCACGCCAGUAAGAAUCGUAUUUAAUUCUUCAGCACGAUACAAGGGACACCGUCUUAAUGAUUGUUGGAUAAAGGGUCCUGACCUUUUGAACAGCAUGUUGGGAGUUAUCCUCAGAUUCAGAGAGCAACCGGUCGCUGUAAGCGGAGAUAUAUCAAAGAUAUAUCACAGAAUUGGAAUACCUGAAGAAGACCAGCAUGUACAUCGGUUUUUGUGGCGAGAUUUGGAUACAACUAGACCACCAGACACUUACGUAAAAACUGUGUUAACCUUUGGUGACAAACCAGCACCGGCAAUGGCACAAAUUGCAUUGAGAAAGACGGCAGACCAAGCAGAAAACGCUCAUCCAUAUGCAGCCGAAGUGUUGAAAAAGAAUACGUACAUGGAUGAUAUUUGUGAUUCCGUACCCAAUGUCGAAUGUGCCCAGCAACUGACGAAAGAUCUCGACGAAAUCUUAGAUAAAGGAGGCUUUAAAGUGAAAGAGUGGUUAUCGAACGAAAUUCUAGAAGAAAAUCUACCGUCUGAAGAAAGAUCAAGUGUUAAGUUUUUGAAAGGUGAAUCGGAAGAAAAGGUUCUAGGUGUUGUCUGGAACAAUAGUGAGGACGCUUUCACGUUUAAAUGUAAAGCUAAUGAGCUAUCUGUACCGUCACAAGAAAAUUCAAGCGAGUUGAAAUUAACGAAGAGAAAGAUCCUUAGUAAAGUGGCUCGUGUAUUUGAUCCAAUUGGAUUCGCAGCGGCGUUCCUGAUCCGUGCAAAAAUCGGUUUACAACGACUCUGGCAACAAGGAUUAGAUUGGGACGAAGAACUUUCAUCGGAGGUUUCAAAGUGGUGGACUGAGUUUUUUGCAGAAAUCGAGGACUUGAAUAAUGUUUCGUUCCCAAGAAGUUUAACACCACCGAACACUAUUGGACUACCGACACUUUGUAUUUUUGCGGACGCGUCUCGAGAUGCAUUUGGAGCAUGUUCUUAUUUACGCUGGGAAAAGUCAAGUGGUAAUUAUGAAAGUCGAUUUAUAUCUGCUAAGUCGAGAGUUGCCCCUCUUAAAGAAUUGACAAUACCUCGUUUGGAGCUACAGGCAGCAGUUCUAGCUAGUCGAUUGUACAAGACCAUAAUAGAAGAAUGUCGUUUACAGUUCGAGAGAGUUAUUUUCUUUACGGACAGUAUGAUAGUCCUUACAUGGAUCCGUAGUCAGUCAAGAGAAUUCAAACCAUUUGUGUCGAGCAGGGUUGCGGAAAUUCAAACGAAUUGUGAUCCAUCGACAUGGAGACACAUACCAAGUGAGCACAAUGUAGCCGAUGAUUUAUCAAGAGGCAUUCCAGCGAAAGAUCUAGAACACCGUUGGAAGAAUGGCUCAAAGUUCCUGAAUCAACCCAAAGAAGAAUGGCCUGAACAACCAGCUAUGCUAAUCGAUCCCGCGGAACUCGACAAAGAACGUCGAAAUACCCAAGCGGCCUUUUCCUUAAGUACCGUACCGACAGUAAUUGACCCAACGAAAUUUUCGAAGUGGAAGAGAUUGGUGAGAGUGACGGCGUGGAUCUUACGAUACAUACGAAAUCUACGAUUAAAAACGAAACCAGAAGAUAAUGUCGACCCGUUAACAGCUGUUGAGUUAGAACAGGCCGAAGAGUUAUGGAUCAAGACAGCACAAAAAGAGUUACACGAACGUGUUAAGAACAAAGAGUUCAAUAUGCUUAGUCCAUUCACAGAUGACAAAGGAAUCAUAAGAGUCGGCGGACGAGUGGAUAAAGCUAUCGUAACGUAUGAUUCGAAGCAUCCAGUACUUCUUCCCAAGAACCACCACAUUUCAUACCUGAUUACCAAAGAUGUACAUCAGAUUACUCACACUGGGAUAGCGUCGACAGCGGCGAAAACAAGAAGAAAAUUUUGGAUUAUCGGAGUGCAAAAAUUGGCAAAGUUAAUCAAGGAAAAGUGUAUUUACUGCAAGAAGUCGCAUCCGAAGAUUGAAUCGCAAGUUAUGGCUGAACUGCCGAAGAUAAGAUUGAUGCCUCAAACACCUCCAUUUUACCAUACAGCUUGUGACUAUUUCGGUCCGUAUAAAGUCAAAAUUGGAAGAAAUAAAACCACUAAACACUAUGGUGUUUUGUUUACUUGUCUGAAUACUCGGGCAGUUCAUUUGGAACUUGCAACAGACUGUUCAACAAUGGAAUUCAUCCAAGUACUCCGAAGAUUCUUCGCGAUUAGAGGUUACCCUUCAUUAAUGUUGAGCGAUAAUGGAACACAACUGGUCGGCGCAGAGAGCGAACUAGCAAAGAUGAUCCAAGGUUGGGAUGUGAAGAAACUCAAGGAGUAUGCAGCAGAUAAAAGAAUGGAGUGGAAAUUCAUUACUCCUAAUGCCCCACAUCAAAACGGAUGUGCCGAAUCGUUGGUGAAAAGUUGUAAAUUAGCCCUUAAACAAGCCAUGGGAGAUAACCUUCUCACACCAUUUGAAUUGCACACCGUACUGCUUGAAGUAGCAAAUCUGGUAAACCAACGACCAAUUGGUAGACCAACCAACGACCCCGAUGAUGGUACAUACCUAUGUCCGAAUGACCUUUUAUUAGGAAGAGCUUCCUCGCAUGUUCCACAAGGACCAUUCCUGAAGACAAAGAACCCGCGUCAUAGAGUUGAAUUUCUACAACAGAUUCUUGACUCGUUUUGGAAACGAUGGACCAGAGACGUCUUUCCCUGUUCAAUUCACGAAAGAAAUGGGAUGUUCAACGACGCGAUGUCAAAGUCAACGAUAUUGUCAUGUUAGUUGAUUCGAAUGCGGUACGAGGCAAUUGGACGAUCGGAAGAAUUAUUGAAGUUCAUCCAGGUAAAGAUGGAAAAGUUCGAAAUGUAACAGUAAAAACACAAAAUGGUAAUUACCGAAGACCUAUUACUAAAAUCUCAGUUAUACACCCCGUGGACGGAGAAUAAAAUGAGAACAAUGUCCUCAUUGGGGUGGAGGAUGUUUCGCUAAGUUAAAAUUAGAUAAAUAAUUACGUCAUUGAACAGAUAAAGUCACGUGACAGAAAAGAGCGGGAAAUAAACACGUUGGUUUUAAGCUGUUUACUUGAGGUUUAACGUUCAGAAAUAGGUUUAUAUUUGGUGUAUUGUAAAGUGAUAUAGGCCAAAGAAGUAAGUUCAUGUUGUUUAUCAUAACUAAUUUACUUUAUUCAGUAGAUAAUUCUUGUAUUUAUACUUUUAGAUCGAAUAUUAUUAUUAUUACUACUACUACUACAACUAUUAUACGAUAUUUGGAAAUUAUUUGUGGUCACUUUACAAACCGGUAAUUCUGAUUCUGGCGAGCCACCCACAAACAUGUUGUCAGAGAGGAGGCAAAUAAAGCCAAAGAUAGCGCGGAGAUUCCCGAGAAUUUUAGAAAUUUUGGGUUGGUCGGUGACAGUUCGGAAAAUCCAUGGUUUUUGAACGAUGGAAAAGAAAGAGAGGACAUGAAUGAGGAAACUGAGGAACAUGAAAAUACACCAGAACGGUUGAGAAAACUGAAGGCAGUAACUGCGGAAGAAACAAAGGAAGGACAAGGUGAUGAAGACGAAAAUGCUUCCGAUAAUUCUGACCAUGAUGAAACAUUUGAAUUGAUGGAUGGUGAGGGGAGCAAAGAGAAAAGAAAGAAAUUGAAAGGAGAUAAGGUUGACAAUAUCAUCAGGGAAGAACGCAUAAAAAAGAAAAGGAAAAUCAAAGAAAAGAAGAAAAAAGUUCUUUCGAAAGGACAUACUGAGGAAGUAAAUGAUGUUGAGAGGAAAAGAGAAGAAAACGAAGUAGAGAACUUUGAGGAAAAUGGCAUAAAAACGAAAGGGAAAGUGAAAAGUAAUGUUGUUUUACAGGGAAACACUAAAGAAACUAGUAGUGUUGAAAAGACAAGUGAACGUAAGAAAAAGAAAAGAAAAAUUACAGACGAAAGUAGAAUGAAAGAAAAGUUGAAGAAAAGCAAGAAAGCAAAGUUGGUGAAGAGUGGGACUGACGAGGACAAUAUGCAAACCGGAGAUUUGGACGAAAAGAACCGAGGACGGUGGAUGAAAGGCAAAGUUGUGAAGUACGUGAAAGGAAAGGACGGUGUAAUUAGAGGAGUUAUUGUAUUACAUAAAGGUAACUAUUUGGACCGACCUGUUCAGCUAAUAUGUCCUUUGGAGAUAAGGAGCGUGGUUAAGGAAGAUCAAGGAAGACACAACGAAAGUACUGAAGAUAAUGAUGAUAAAUUAAAGGAAAGACCAGAACGGAAAGCAGCAAAGAUCGCGAAAGUUAACAUCAGAGAACAAUUGAAGGAUGAUUAA